UCAUUUGCACAAGUUUGUGGUGUAGUAGUAGAGCACGAUGAAGCAUGUGUGCACUGUUUAGGGUUUUAAACAGAUAGAUUUUAAAUCAACGUACUGAGCCUAGAGGGAUUACCCAGAAUAAGAAACAACUACAGAGCUGACCCUUUAUCAUUGAGAAUGAAGAGCAUUGUUAUUUUGUACUCUCUUCUAUAUGCUGCUGGGAUAGAGGGAGCAGACAUCGAUGUAGAGGGAUAUGAGGGGGGAGAAGUCUCGUUCCAGUGUUCACACAGACUUGCGUGGAAAAACAAUAAAUACCUCUGCAAGGAUCCAUGUGAAGGCAGUGAAGAUAAACUGGUUACUGUAAAGUCUGGUACAAGAGCGGAGUCGGGGAGGAUAGCUCUGGUGGACUCGGGGAACGGAGUCUUCACUGUGACCUUCAGAAGACUCCAGCUGUCAGACCGUGGGAGAUACUGGUGUGCAGUGGACAGGCUUGGUUAUGAUACUUUCAUUGAAGUACAGCUUACUGUGAAGGAAGCUGUCGCAAUUGAGACAACUGACAAACCUGAACGUUCUCCCACAUGGACACAUCAGAAUAUGUCCAACUCAACACAAUCAACAUCUAGUUUGGACACCAGUAGGCCUGCAGACCUUUCAACAGCCUCAGAGAACACUAAUGGAGGAGAACAGAACAGCAGUACAUGUGCCGUCGUGUACGCUACAGUUGGGGCUUUUGCUGUGCUCAUUAUUUUGAUGCUGGCAAUGAUCGUCAGGAAACGCAGAGAAAGCUCAAAACCUCAACGACGAGUUUGCUUCAACAGCACAGACAUUGUCUAUGCAGACGAAACAGAGGCCUGUCGAGGAAGUGCAGUCAAGGAAGUGCAGUCGUUAAAAAAGACAUCUGAGAGGUACUCUUGUACUCAGCACCCAGAGCAGGAUCCACCGACAUCUGCAUCCACAGCAGCUGACUGUAGCGUGCCCCUUCAUAUCUACGAAAACAUCCGCUGCUCCAAAGGCACUGCACGGUCAAGAUACUCGGCUGAAAACGAAGGAGACGAACAUGACAUCAGCUCUGUGAUCUACAUCAAACCUCUGCCACCUAUACCUGAAAGAACUGUGAAAGGCUUUAUUAGAAAGCACACAAAUGAACCUACAGCAACUACAGCAGCGACAGGCAAACCUACAGAGAGCUGUACAAGCAAUGCGCCCGCCUGCAACUCCAGAUCUUGCAGUAAUUCCAGAAAAGUGAGGCCCAGAUCAUUUUGGUUUGGUUUGGAUUUAUCAGGAACAAUUGAACAUACGGACACAGUCUUUAGUCCAGGUUGCUGCCUCAUUGUGCAGCUGGGGAAGAAUCUGAGCGUGUGGACUGAAUGUAAACUGGGAGCAAUGGGAGCGACCUGGAUCUCCUGGAGAACAACUACAACUGUCAUCAUCACUUUGCUACAAAUCCAAGCUCUGAUCAGUGUCAAAACUACGGUUAGCGGUGUGGAAGGCCAGAGAUUUGACUUCAGAUGUAAAUAUGAAAACGGCCAGCAGAGCAAUGCUAAGUACUUCUGCUAUGACAAGGACUGCAAUAUGUCCCUGAUACAGACAGUAAAACAUGACCAGUGGGAGAAAAAGGGACGUUUCUCUCUGUACGACAACACCACCGGAGCCUUCUUCAUCGUUAGUGUGGACAAACUCACCUCAAGGGACAGCGGGACGUACCGGUGUGGGGUGGAUGUUAGCUUGUCCCCUGAUCAUAUCAGUAUCAUACAACUGAAUGUUUUCCAAGCAAACCCUCCAGAACACCUCACACAUUUUCACAUGACACGAUCACCCAUCUUACCAAAGGACCUUAAAGUGGACAAGAUGCACCUGCCGCUGUUCGUGACUGCAGCGAUGUGUGUGGCAGCCAUAUUGUUUAUAUGUCUGUUCACACUUUGUCUUUGGCUGGCUGUUAAACACCGAAGAUCCGGCCCACGCCACAAUAGAGAGCCAUCAUCUGACUACGAGACAAUGAUGCCUGGCGUGAGAACUGAACCCGAACUCAGGUGCAGCUUUUCGGCUCCAGACUGCAAGGAUCUUUCAGCUUUACCACCGCUACCACCUGACCUCUGCUCCCACUUCACAUCAAAGUAUCGGGAGUCCACUGUCACUCUCGGCCUCGGUGAAUACGUUGAUGUGGAUGUACCAAAGCACAUCUGCCAGUACCAAGAUCUGGAUCUGAGCCGGUUAGAGGAUCACGUCUAUCACAGCCUUCAGGGAAACAGCCCUCCUAAAGAUGGACCUCAGAGAGUUAAAGAUCACAUUAACUGUUGAUACUGUUGCUAAAUAAUUCCAGUUUAAUUACAACCAACAGAAAGUAGUUAUUGUUAACAUUUGUUUUCUUGUCGCUGUGUUUCUGGAUCUUGGUGGGAUAUGUGUUGUUAUUAUUAUUGAUAAGAAUUAUGGCAACAGGAUGAAAGAAAGAGUUGAAGGGAAGUUGGCCAAUUCAAAAGUUAACGAUUUUAUAAUUAAAGAUCUUUAGUAAGUCAAGUAGUAAUAGUGUUAAUUAUUGCUGUGUUUUGUUAUUUUUUAGAGACAAUUGUUUUGGACUUUGUGCUUUGCAAAAAAUGGCUUGUCACUCAAAUAAGAAUAGCUGGUCCACCUUAAAGCUACUCAGUAUGUGGCAAGUCUUGAGGAGAUGUAUCAUUUAUUCACUGACAAACAAACUGUACACACACACUGCACUGCUACGUUCACAGCUAUAACGUUACUGCUCACUUCAUACAGGCAACACAUGCUCACUCGCUCUUGAUACAAACACAACCUACAAACAAUUAUUCCAUAAAGGAGUUUGUUACUUGUAUGACACACUUUCGUUUAAAACAUUUUUAUUUUUUUAAAUCGACGAUGCUUUCCGGGAUUGUAAUACACUGGCGGAAACCCUGCACUGAAAAGAAGUACCAGAGUCUGAGCAGGACUCUCAACUUAAGCUGUCAGAGUUAAAAACAAUCCACAAAGAAGAACAGACUGGAUGCUUUCACUGAUUUUCUUGACCAAAAUAAACCAAGUGGUAAUAUC